GUUAGGGUUUCCUGUUGCUGGCUGCUCUUGCUGGCCGCCGUCAAAUCUUUCUCUACCCAUUUUUCCUCCUCUUCUUUCUUCUCUGGCUCGAUGGAACGACGGAAGGAUGCAAUCCGCGCGCCUACACGCUCGCCUGUGGGUUGGCGGCGGCAGCUGUGGGGCCCACGCCCGUGGCUGCGGCAUCGCGGCCUGCACACUCGUCUUUGAGGCAGCAUCGGGGCCUGAGCCCGCGCCUUCUUGCGGCAGCAGCUGCCUGCGUGCUCGCCUGCGUCGGCGGCGACGGUGGCCUGCGCACCCGCGCGCUCGGCGACAGUCUGUGCUUGUUUUGCGGCGGGCGGGGCCACGUCUGUGCGUCAGCGCGCCUUCAAAACAGAGGCGGCGCGAUGCCCUCGUAGCGGGGUAGCGGGGCUAAGACGGCUGUAUGCCGGCGUGCCGGAGCGGCGUCAGCAGAGUUGUGCUUGCGUGCCGGAGUGCUCUUACUUCUUGCCUGAAGCAGUUACGGCGAAGCCCGCGCCUGCUUGCGGCGGCGUGGCCAGCGCACUCGCCUGCAUGGCGGUGCGGCGGCCGCUGUGCCCGCGUGCAGCCGCACACCAGCUUCACACGAGCAGCGGUGGCUGCCUUGCGUGUUGAAACAAAUAAAUGUAAAAAAAAUCAUGUCUGUUAC